AUGGCAUCUCAACCCUUUCCUCUCAAUUAUUGGCCACACCAAUGGAAGAUGAAAGGGACACCCACUCUAACAUGGCUUAUACCUCACACAGGACCCAAUGCAAUUAAACCUCUCUCCCAUGGCCCCAUCACCCUCCUCAAUCACCAACGAAGUGAAAGAUGUGACUGGUCUGAAAAGGAGACUUGCUUUCAAAUGGAGCCUAACGUGAGAAGAAUGAAAGGUAAUGUGUUGGGCGAUGUAAAAGAAUGCAAUUCAUUCGAGAAAGUGUCAACCGUGGAGAUUGUAUGA